CUGAGCGCCGACGCCCGUGCCUUCCCCCUUCCUCGCGGGACUGAGCCCGGAGAGGACCCCGCCCGGCCCGGGACCGAUCCGCAGAGGAUCGGUUCCCGGUUUGUGCCCCGGAGACGCGCUGUCAGUAGCUCUGAGUUCUGAGGGUCACAGAAUAAAUGCCAUAUGAAAAACAGUUCAUCGGUCAUGGAAAAGCGUGAGACAUUUGUACAAGCGGUGUCUAAGGAGCUGAUUGGAGAAUUUUUGCAAUUUGUUCAACUUGCUGAAGACGCUUCUGACCCUUUCAACCUAAAUGAAUUACUAGAUGAAUUAUCAAGGAAACAGAAAGAAGAGCUAUGGGAAAGACUCAAGAAUUUACUUACAGAUGUGUUGUUGGAAAGCCCCGUGGAUGGGUGGCAGACGGUGGAGACCCAGGGUGGAGACAACAUGGAGACAGACCAUGGUUCAAAAAUGGAAAGAAACAUAGAAAUACUUCAUGCAAUUACAUCUGUGAUUCUUGCUUCUGUGUCUGUAAUAAAUGAACAUGAGAACUAUGAGGCCUUACUGGAAUGUGCUGUGAUCCUAAAUGGUAUUUUGUACGCACUGCCUGAAUCUGAACGAAAGCUGCCAAGUGCCAUUCAGGACUUGUGUGUUACGUGGUGGGAGAAAGGCCUGCCUGCCAAAGAAGACAUGGGGAAGACGGCUUUCCUCAUGCUGCUAAGGAAGAGCCUCAAGACAAAAACAGGAGCAGACAUAUGUCGGCUUUGGCGUAUUCAUCAAGCUUUAUAUUGCUUUGAUUAUGAUUUGGAGGAAAGUAGAGAAAUUAAAAAUAUGCUACUUGAGUGUUUCAUAAAUGUUAAUUACAUCAAGAAGGAAGAGGGAAGAAGAUUUCUUAGUUCUCUGUUCAACUGGAAUGUAAAUUUUAUUAAAAUGAUCCACGGGACCAUUAAAAACCAGUUACAGGGAUUACAAAAAUCUUUGGUGGUACACAUUGCAGAAAUUUAUUUCAGAGCUUGGAGAAAGGCUUCAGGGAAAAUCUUGGAGGCGAUCGAGAAUGAUUGCAUCCAGGACUUUAUGCACCAUGGGAUUCACCUGCCGCGGAGGUCCCCAGUGCACCCCAAAGUGCGAGAGGUGCUGAGUUAUUUCCACCAUCAAAAGAGAGUUCGGCAGGGAGUGGAAGAGAUGCUUUACAGAUUAUACAAGCCCAUCCUUUGGAGAGGACUAAAGGCCAGAAACUCUGAAGUCCGGUCAAAUGCUGCACUGCUGUUCGUGGAGGCAUUUCCUGUCAGGGACCCACACUUGAACGCUAUUGAAAUGGACAGUGAAAUUCAGAGGCAGUUUGAAGAACUGUAUAGCCUUUUAGAAGACCCUUAUCCGAUGGUCCGCUCUACAGGGAUACUUGGUGUCUGUAAAAUAACUUCCAAGUACUGGGAAAUGAUGCCUCCGACCAUUCUCAUUGACCUCCUCAAGAAAGUCACUGGGGAGCUGGCCUUCGACACAGGCUCGGCUGAUGUGCGCUGCUCGGUCUUUAAGUGUCUGCCAAUAAUUUUGGAUAACAAAUUAAGCCACCCGUUAUUAGAACAGCUUUUGCCGGCAGUAAGAUACAGUCUCCAUGACAAUUCCGAGAAAGUGAGAGUGGCUUUUGUGGACAUGCUGCUUAAAGUUAAAGCUGUGAGAGCUGCUAAGUUUUGGAAAAUAUGCCCCAUGGAGCACAUCUUGGUUCGUCUGGAAUCAGAUUCCCGGCCUGUGUGUCGGCGUCUGGUUAGCCUCAUCUUUAACUCCUUCCUGCCGGUGAACCAGCCGGAGGAGGUGUGGUGCGAGCGCUGUGUCACGCUGCUGCAGAUGAACCACGCAGCCGCCCGGAGGUUCUACCAGUAUGCCCACGAGCACACGGCCUGCACCAAUAUAGCCAAGCUGAUUCACGUGAUCCGCCACUGCUUGAAUGCCUGCAUCCGGAAGGCCGUCAGCGAGUGCGGAGAGGAGGACGAAGGCAGGGAGAAGGAGAACGUGAGUGUUCUGGACAAAACCCUGUCAGUAAGCGAUGUUGCAUCCAUGGCAGGUUUAUUAGAAAUCAUUGUGAUUCUUUGGAAAAGCAUCCACAGAAGUAUGGAGAACAAUAAGGAGGCCAAAGUCUACACCAUUGACAAGUUUGCUUCUGUGCUUCCCGAGUACCUGAAAGUGUUUCAGGAUGAUCGCUGCAAGAUCCCUUUGUUUAUGCUGAUGUCCUUCAUGCCAGCAUCGGCCGUGCCCACAUUCAGCUGUGGUGUGAUUUCCACAUUAAGAAACCAAGAGGAAGGAGCAGCAGACAGGAGCUACUGCACUUUGUUAGACUGUCUCUGCUCCUGGGGACACGUGGGACAUAUUCUGGAACUCAUCUGUGACUGGCUGCCAGAAGAGCAGCCCCAGAGAAAGAGUAACUCAGCAUCUAAGCGGAAAGUGCAAAUCCAUGAUACACGCCCAGUGAAGCCUGAGUUGGCGGUGGUUUACAUGGAGUACAUGCUGACCCACCCAAAGAAUCGGGAGUGCCUGCUCUCUGCUCCCCGGAAGAAACUGAACCAUCUUUUGAAAGCACUUGAAACGUCAAAGGCGGAUCUGGAAUCAAUGCUGCAUUUGCCAGGUGGGCAGCCUCACCACUUCAGUGAAGCAGCUGCCCUGCGGGCCUUCAGCCUACACUGUCGCUUGAGCAUCCACCUGCAGCACAAGUUCUGCGCGGAAGGAAAAAUGUACCUGUCCAUUUUGGAAGACACUGGGUUUUGGUUAGAAAGCAAAGUUUUAUCUUUUAUUCAAGAUCAAGAAGAAGAAUAUCUGAAGCUUCAUAGGGUUGUUUAUCAACAAAUCAUUCAGACCUACCUGACUGUGUGCAAAGAUGUCGUUAUGGUUGGCCUUGGUGACUGUAAAUUUCAGAUACAGCUUCUGCAGUGGAGUCUUGGAAUCAUGAACACAGUGAAGGGAUUCUUUUAUGUUUCAUUACUUCUUGGCAUUCUAAAAGAGGUAACUGGAAGUUCCUUGAAGCAGAAAAUUGAUUCAGAUGAAGAAGUUGCAACGCUGUUUGACACAGUCCAGAAAGUCUUUCAGAAAAUGUUGGAAUGUAUGGCGUGGAGCUUUCGGAAGCAACCGGAAGAAGGCCUGCGGCUCCUGUAUUCUGUUCAGACUCCUCUUCAUGACUUUAUAACGACUGUUCAGUCUUGGCACACGGACACGCCCAUUCACCGGGAUAUGCUUUCCACUCUGAUUGCUGCCUCUGUCGUCGAGAUAAGUCACCGACUGCGAAAGGUUUCGGAUGUAGAAGAGCUCACCCCUCCAGAGUGUCUUUCCGACCUUCCACCAUUUUCAAGGUGUUUAAUAGGGAUAAUCAUGAAAUCUCCGAACGUGGUCAGGUCAUUUUUAGAUGAAUUAAAAGCGUGUGUUACUUCUGACGAUAUUGAAGGGAUUGUAUGUCUCACAGCUGUUACGCAUAUUAUUUUGGUUAUUAAUAAAGGUAAACAUAAAAGUUCAACAGUGAAGGAUGUUGCAGCCACUAUUCACAGAAAACUAAAGACAUUCAUGGAGAUAACUUUGGAAGAGGAUAGCAUGGAGAGAUUUCUCUAUGAAUCGUCAUCAAGAACUUUGGGGGCAUUUUUGAAUUCAUAACCAAGCCAACAUCUUUGAUCAUGCACAAAUAGAGGAGAAGGACUUAUAGAAAAUGAAAUGGAUGUUUUUUUCCCCUAGUGUUUUUAAUGUUAAUAACCCACAUAAUAGAGAAGGGGUGGGAUUUAUUUGAGGGAGGUAUGAGUAGGAGUUCAAAGGUUCUUAAAGUUUUCCCCGUGCCGGCAAAGUAAUAUAUUUAACGUGAAGGACUCCAGGCAUCAAUGGUGCAGAAACCCAUGGUGCAAAGAAAAAGAGAGACACCUUUCCAGCAAACCUGGUUGUUUUAAAAAUGACUUUUAUAUAUAAUGUUGCUUGCAAACUGUAAUAAAGCCAUGGCAACAUCUUCCUGUAUACUUUACUUAAAUGUACUAGUCGGUGUUCUCCCCCGAGGGGCAGGGCUGAAUUCUGGGGGCCGCCCUUCGUGGACAGCAGAGGGCACAGCCCGGUGGGCGCAAGGAGGCCACCCACAUGCAGGAUCCUGGAUCCUCUACUGGCCUUGAGGCUGAUUGGGCAUGAGAUGGGCCCGUGGCUGUAAAUACGAGGAACGCAGAACCGAGUCACUCAGCUCAAGCUGAACCACCAUUAUCUUACCUUCUCUCUCUGAGGCUGACGUGGUUGGAUGGAGGACUGGCCCCAGGCUUCCUGGCUGCCUCAUCCAGACCCCAUCUUGCCCGCCCGGUAUACCAGGAAGUGUCCGCGUCCAUCCCUGGUCCCUGUUGGCCACCGUCCUCAGUCGUGGCCUGUCAGCCUCCUGGGGCCUGGGAGGCCACCUUGUGACGGACAGGAAGGGAUCACUUCAGUCACACACUCAUUCUGUCCUCAGCCCCCAAGCAAAACAGUAAAGAAACGCCAGGUUUUCAGGACCUCUGUUUCUUCUCCAGGAAAGUACAGAAACGGACUGUUUCCUGCAGCUGCGCAAGAGCCUUAGGGUAGCUGAGCUGCGUAUUCUGAACCGCCAUAUUCUGUCUGGCGGCGUCAUGUGUCGUCUUCUUUGUCUUGGGCCGAGUAGCCGAACCUACGAAAUGGACUGAGGAGUGUCUUCCUGCACUCCUGGGAGAGUUUCUGUGAGAUCCGAAGUACUUCUGUGGGUUUGUUGCAGCACUCAGCCCUAAAAUGCUAGAUUGGAGAUUGGAGUUUCCUUUGUGGGAAGAGAUUAA